CACGGCGGGUGGGGCGGGGAGGCGGCGGCGCGCGGUUGCUAAGCCCCGCGCCCCCGGAGACGUUCCCCGGGCGGCUGCAGGAGGGAGGCGGGCGCUGCUCGCCGCGGCCCUGCCCCGCGCCCGAGCCCCUCCGCCUUCCUGCUCCCGCCGCGCGCUUAUCCAGGGUGCCGCGAUGCCCGCCGCCGCGCCCGCCCCGCGCCCGCCGCCCCCGGCCCGUCCCGCCCCGCGCUGUCCCGUGCAGCCAGCUCCCGGACCUUGGGGCCCGUGUGACCAUUCUCUGAGACACUUGAGCUCCAGAGUCACAGAGAGGAAGCUGCAGGGCACAUGGCUGCCUGCCGGCCGAGGGAGUGUGGAGAGGCCAUUGCUGGGGCCGUGCGGCUCUUUGUUGCCCGGGGCCAGCCCUCUGAGAUGCCUUCACUCCGGCCACGUGGACAGCAGCCUGGUGAAGCCCAAGGUGGUGACUGUGGUGAAGCUGGGCGGGCACCCCCUGCGUAAGAUCACCCUGCUCCUCAACAGGCGGUCGGUGCAGACCUUCGAGCAGUUCUUGGGGGACGUGUCUGAGGCCUUAGGCUUCCCAAGGUGGAAGAACGAUCGAGUGAGGAAGCUGUUUAACCUCAAGGGCAGGGAGGUCAGGAGCAUCUCGGAGGUCUUCAGGGAAGGGAAUGCCUUCAUAGCCGUGGGCAAAGAGCCGCUGACCACCAAGGGCAUCCAGGUGGCUGCAGAAGAGCUGUACCGUGACAAAGCCAGGGCCCUGGUGCUGACCCAGCCCAGCCGGGUCCCUUCUCCGAGGCCGAGAAGCAGACUUUGCAACAAGGCUCUGAGGGGGAGCCACCACCGUGGGGAGACCGAGGCUGCCAAGAACUGCAGCGAGGCUGCCCAGGCCCCAGUGGCCAUCAGACACCAGGGGGAGUCCCCCCUGGAGCCAGUUCAGGAGGUCAGGGCGAGGGCGCAGCAGAAGUGCGUGAGGGGGACAUGGGAGCCAGAGCCGGGCAGCAAGCCGCCCAGGAAGGCUGCUGCAGAGAGGCGUGCCGGUGGGGAGAAGCAUCUGGGGGUGGAGAUCGAAAAGACCUCGGGUGAGAUGGUCAGGUGUGAGAAGUGCAAGAGGGAGAGCGAGCUCCGGCAAAGCCUGCAGAGGGAGAGGCUGUCCCUGGGAAGCAGUGGGCUGGACCUGGGGAAGUGCCCGAGGUAUGACCGCGGCAGGCCGGUGAGGACCAGGAGCUGCCGGAGGUCCCCGGAGGCCAACCCCCCAGGCGGGGAGGAAGGGAGGAAGGGGGACAGCCACAGGAGCAGCCCCAGGGACCCCACUCAGGAGCCGAAGAGGCCCAGCAAAAGCCCUGAAGAGAGGGAGGACAGGGACCCCGAAGGGCAGGCAGGUCAUCCUCACGCAGCAGCCACGGCUAAGAGGGGCCUCAGGGAAGUUCAGCCUGUCAGAGAGGAGGGGCUGAGGGACGCGAAGAAAGACACCAGGGACGUUGGCAGGAACAAGCAGGGUGGCUGGCUGCUGGGCGAGCAGCCGGGAGACUCUGAGAAGCUCCCCAGGACUGGAGGGGAAGAGCAGGAGGCAGAGAAGGAGAAAAAGCCAUGUGUGUCAGGAGGGAGGAAGGUGGUUUCCAGAGACGAACAACCUGUCAGGGCAGAAAAGGAGCUCAAGACGAGGCCAGAAGAAGACAAGCCAGAGCCCCUCUGUGGCCGGAGGCGACGGCCGGUGGGCAUCAUCACUGCCCACGUGGAGAAGCACUACGAGGCUGGCCGUGUUCUUGGAGAUGGGAACUUCGCCGUGGUGAAGGCGUGCAGGCACCGCAAAACCAGGCAGGCCUACGCCAUGAAGAUUAUCGACAAGUCCAAGCUCAGGGGUAAGGAGGACAUGGUUGACAGUGAGAUCCUAAUUAUCCAGAGCCUCUGUCACCCGAACAUCGUGAAACUGCAUGAAGUGUAUGAAUCAGAAGCAGAGAUCUACCUGAUCAUGGAGUGCGUGCAGGGCGGGGACCUUUUCGAUGCCAUCAUAGAGAGUGUGAAGUUCCCGGAGCGGGACGCCGCCCUCAUGCUCAUGGACUUGUGCAAGGCGCUGGUCCACAUGCAUGACAAGAACAUUGUCCACCGGGACCUCAAGCCCGAAAACCUACUGGUUCAGCGAAAUGAGGACAAAUCUACCACCUUAAAACUGGCUGAUUUUGGCCUUGCGAAGCAUGUGGUGAGACCUAUAUUUACUGUGUGCGGGACACCCACUUACGUAGCUCCUGAAAUCCUUUCUGAGAAAGGUUACGGGCUGGAGGUGGACAUGUGGGCGGCCGGCGUGAUCCUGUACAUCCUGCUGUGUGGCUUCCCCCCAUUCCGCAGCCUGGAGAGGGACCAGGAUGAGCUCUUUAGCAUCAUCCAGCUGGGCCACUUCGAGUUCCUGGCCCCUUACUGGGACAACAUCUCUGAUGCCGCCAAAGAUCUGGUGAGCCGGCUGCUGGUGGUGGACCCCAAAAAACGCUACACUGCCCACCAGGUCCUUCAACAUCCCUGGAUUGAAACCGCUGGAAAGAGCAGCCUGGGGAACCUACCAAAGGAGGCAUCCCCCAGUGGCGAGGGGUCCUUGCGGAGCCAGCACAGGCAGUGUGCAGAGGCCGCCUCCUAGUCAUGCUGUGGCACCUGUUCCGUCCAGCUCUGCUCAAGGACAGGAAAGAACAGGAGUCCAGGAGAAAAACAAACAACCGGCUUCCUCACAGAAUUGGGAGUCGAAGGAGAGACACUCAGUGUAUUUUAAAGCAUACUUCAAAAAAUAAACUUGAGUCUUAAUGUUAAAUGUUGUAACACAUUUUUAGAUUUGUACAUUUGAAAUCUUUAAUAUAUUUUGUUUGGUGGUGGGGGACUUGUCAGUGAGGAAUAUUUGGUAAAAACGAUGUGUUUUGCUUCCUGCUUGCAGUCAAGUUCAUGGUAUACUACAUGAGUGGUGGUCACUAGGGUCCCAGCGUCCGGGUGAGAUUGGUGAGUGGUCUUUCUGAGUUAGUGGAACAGGCUCUGAAUGCUGGAGGUGGGUGGGUUUCUGAUUACUUCUUCAUGCUGGUGAUGGGAGCCAGGGAAUCGUCGUUGACAUGCCUCCUGAAGCCAUAUGACUAUGCAGAAGUGUGGCCACACCUGAUUAACUGGCAAGAUCUGUUUAUUUGGGGUGUGCUGGUCUUGGCCUCAAGCGUUCUAGUCUUCCUGAAAACCAGAUUUGGUGCAGUCUGACAUCAUCGACUCCUACUCGCCUCUUCCAUGCCCAUCAUCACCGUUCUGUAGCUGAUUGCCCUCAGCCUGUGGUACUUCCUGUCAAGGUCAGCGUUCGGGCUGGUACUGUAUUAGCACAUUCAGUUCAUGAGAGAGCUGUUAGGGUGGCAGUAUGGAAAAGGCAGGAGAUGGUUACAGGCAGCACAUUCCUACCUGUGGGCAGACAAUGGAGGUGUUGGUCCUUCCAGAUAAUUCUGGGAGCAUGCAUGAGCUGAAGACAAAACAUUAUCCUGAUAUUUCCCAAACUGACCUUUCUGGAUUAUGUGUAGCCAGGCCAGCAGGACACAGAAUCAGUCAAAAAGUGUGGAUUUCUCAGCCCCCUGCUUCCUUCCUUAACAGUAUUAGUGUUGUCUGGUGGAUGAGUGUAUCAGCCAGGAAAAGAGGAACAGCACCAGAGUCUAGUGUAAGGAACUGCUUACACAGGGGAUGGAGAAUGCAGAAGUGCAGAGGAGGCUAAGUCAUUCAGAGACUGCCUGCAGGAAAUGUCUUCCAGUCCUAGGUGGGAACCAAGGGCAGAGAGUGGGGUUAGGACUUGGAGGUUUGGAGGAGAAACCCAAACACUAUAGUGAAUGCUGAGCCUGCUGCAGAUCCCCCUUUGAACUGAAGGGAAUAGGCUGCUAGGGUGCCACUGGCCAACAGCCCUUGUUGGCCACCAUCUAUAGGAUUGCCCUUGGCUCACCCAGGAUCCCAUCCCUCCUGGGCAGGGCACGUCCAGUGAUGGUCUAUGUAGGGUAUGAAGGUUUGGUGUCUCUGCCCCCAGUGGGGACCAUACAGAAGGGCUUCCUGGCUUCCGAGCCCCUCUUGGGGUUGGCUAAGCCCUUGGUUGGGGCUGCAUAGCAGCCUAACUUCCCCAGUCUUGCUUCUUCCCCUUCCCUUCCAGAGGUGAUGAUCCUCAGUAAACCUUCUGCAUGUUAGUCUCCAUCUGGGAGUUGGCCCCCAGGGCACAGAGCCUGUGACACCCCCAAGAAACUUGGAACUUCUGCAAAGAAAAAGCAUCUGGCACUUCUACCUCAGGGGUUCCCAGGAGGGACCCAUGGAGCUGGCACCUAGAUGCCAAUGGGACUCAUUCUGAAAACACAGAAGAAGCUGGAAGCUGGGACCAAUUGCUACUGGAACAUCUUUUGGUAAAGUUCUCAUGUUUGCAUGGUUUGAUUCUUUUGAUCUUUGAGUCAUUUCUCCUAUUGACUUUGUAAUGUCACAUUUUUCUGGUUUUCCUCCUGCACCCCUGUCUACCCCUUUGGGUGUCUUGCAUAGGUUGUCUUCCUCCAGUUGCUGAAUUAUAGUUCCACCAUUAGCCACUAGGAAAAUGCAAACUAAAACCACAAUGGGGUAACACAAUACACCAAUUAGAAUGGCUA